AUGGCUUUGGCGAUAUGCUCUUGGCAGUCAACCCGUCUAGUCAGGGAAACGCGUCUAUUCCAUGGAGGCCUCCUUGAGACAGCGCGGCUAGGUCUGCCUGAAGCGCAACAGACGCUGGCUAAGAGCGGCACCGGCGACCACUUCUUCGACGGCACGUCCCUCGGUGGGCAAGUUACCUUGUGGCAAAUUUAUGGCGGAGGUUCAUAUUAUUCUACGUACUCGCGACCUUACCGAGCCCUGCGCUAUGCUGUAGCGGCCGUCGGUUGUCCCACGCAUGUCCUACAAGAGGCUGCCGGAUCUGUGUCUUCACAGAUGGCAGAAUCUCCAGAUUUUCCUCGGUCCACCAUGAUAUCCCUCUCUUCCUUCGUGAUACUUGCGCUCGGUUUCCUUGUCGGUGGGGAGCCUACGAUCUUACUAACUUCGGAAUAUUGGUCUGCCGGUCAAGUUCUGGAGAAGUUCGCUCCUAGCAGGGAGACUAUCGAAGCGGUUGGAAGCGCGAGUAAGGACCGUUACGGAAUAGUGGAAUACACUCCUCAGUCGUACUUACAGUCUGCCCUCAACAUGUUUGCGAAGAACUUCUCUCAGGCGCUCUAUGGGAAAGCGCCGCACAUGACGCAGUGUCAAAGCUUCGAUUGCAACGGUGAAUCCGACCUGGAUCUCCAAUACGGCAUGACCCUUGUCACUUCCGCACAGGAAAUCACACUAAACCUGGAUGGAGGGGUCUCAUUCAAUAACUUCCUUGACGCCAUCGACGGUUCAUACCGAACGUUUGAGGGGGUGAUGACCCAACGCAAGACGGCAUUUGCCCAGACCCAUAUGAAGGUGGAUAUGAAGGUCAUGAAGCAUGCGGAACUGCGAAACCCACCUAUCUAUAACGAAGCGGGUCUUACACCAUUCUACCCCGCCCGCUGGCGUGCUGCCGGUAACGGUGGUCUUUGUUUGAACCCCGACAGAACCCAGAUGUUAGGGGGAAGGAUGUUCAAUCCAAGUUUCCCCUGCACGUGUCCUUACAUUACAUCGGUUAGCGCAACUAUGGUACCUCCGGGUUCGGCCGUUUACGAACCCGAGACGGCAUGCGAAGAAGUCAUUUAUUCCGAUGGGGGUUUCAGCAACUACUUGGCGAUGCCAGAAUACCAGAAGGAGGCUGUUGGCUACUACCUCCAGGACUACUAUCCAAACUUUCCAUCGGAUAUCUAG